AUGUCGGGCUCCCUGGACCAAGACGUCUUCUGCUACCCCCAUCUGAACUCCUCGUGCAGAAAGCCCACACACCCGUACGUGGAGGCCAUGCUCAUAUAUGUGCUGCUGUCCUGCGUCUCCCUCAUCACGGUGGCUCUCAACCUGCUCGUCAUCAUCUCCAUCGCUCAUUUCAGGUUAACCCCAGACUCUGUUGUAAAUUCAAAAUGGCUUGGACCAAACUGUUUUUUUAUUUUAAUAUCUGAAAGGAGCAUUUACAUCGAAAGCUGCUGGAAUCUCGGCGACAUCGUUUGCAGCUCCUAUUACCUCAUCGAUUACAUCAUCACGUCCGCCUCCGUGGCCAACAUGGUGCUUAUAUCUGUCGACCGAUACAUCGCCAUAUGUGACCCUUUAAACUACCACACUAAAGUCACGAUGAAAAGGACAAAGUCAUGUAUUUUACUGUGUUGGCUUCUGUCCGUCGUUUACAGAAUGGUCAUAAUGCACGAUCAGCUGAAACACCCAGGUAUGUCCAACACUUGCGCUGGAGAAUGUGUGGUCAUAAUUCAUUUCAUAUCUGGUGCAAUAGAUCUCGUGUGCACAUUUGUCAUUCCCAUCCUCAUCAUAAUCGUCUUAUAUUUGAGGGUUUUUGUGGUGGCCGUGUCCCAAGCUCGUGCCACGCGCUCCCAUAUUUUAUCCGCAAACAUGCCGCAGAUGGGGAACGUGACCGCAAAGAAAAAAGAGCUUAAAGCGGCUGGGACUUUAGGCAUAGUUGUGGUUGUUUUUUUGGUCUGUUUCUGUCCCUACUACGUCCCCAGUCUGUUGGGCGAGGACACUGCAGUAGAUGCUUCCUCAGUGGACGUUGAGAUAUGGCUGGCGCAUUUUAAUUCAUGUCUGAACCCUGUCAUCUAUGCCUUUUUCUACCCGUGGUUUAGGAAGUCAAUCAAACUCAUUCUGACAAUGCAGAUAGUCAAACCUGGAUCUAGAGACUGGAAAAUGUAA